AUGAUAAGUGACCAAAUUGUUUAUACAGGAAAUUUCAUUACAAAAGACGAGCGCAAAGACCUCAAAGCAAAAUCUAAAUUCACCAAUUGUUACAUCAAGAACUUUAGUAAUGAUUUGGACGACGAAGGCCUUACAAAACUCUUUGAAGAAUUUGGUGAAAUAACGAGUGCACGCAUUAUGAAGGAUGAUCAAGGCAAUUCGAGGUGCUUCGGUUUCGUUUGCUUCUCUAAUCCUGACAGUGCUGAAGCAGCAGUGGACGCUUUGAAUGACAAAGAGAUCAACGGUCUAAAGAUCUACGUGUGCAAAGCACAAACAAAGACAGAACGUCAGGAAUUUCUGCACAAAGAAUAUGUAGAGCGACAGAAUAAAGGAUUGCCAAAAGAUGGCGUCUUUGUUAAAAAUCUUGAUGAUACAAUUGAUGAUGCCCGCUUAAAGGAGCUUUUCAGUAAAUACGGUAACGUUACCGGCGCGAAAGUUAAGUUCCUUCGAUAA